AUGCUUCGAGCCCUCACUCACUGCCACACGCAUCGUAUCAUCCAUCGUGAUGUGAAGCCGCAAAAUGUUCUUGUCGAAACAUCGGGUAUCAUCAAAUUGGCCGAUUUUGGACUGUCACGACCAUACAGUAUACCAUCACGAUGCUUUACACAUGAGGUUGGUUCAACUUUUUGUUAG